UAAGAAUUGAAACUGGCUGUGGAAUCAUCAGUUACUCCAAAGCGUUUGUCAAACUCAUCUCAAAGUAACAAAUAACAAUACUUAAAAAUUAUUAAAUAUUAAAUAUAUUGUCAAAUUAAUAAAUAAAUAAAAUGUCAAUUAAUUUGAGAAGUGUAUUGAUAAGUGAUCCAGUUGAUGAAUCAUGUGGUGCAUUGCUUGCAAGUUAUGGCGUACCAGUUACAACAAAAUACAAGCUACCAAAAGAUGAAUUGAUCCAAGAAAUUCAGAAACAUGACGGUCUUAUUGUACGAUCAGAAACAAAAGUCACUGCUGAAAUACUUGCUGCAGCUUCAAAUUUACGUGUUGUUGGACGAGCUGGUACUGGUGUUGAUAACAUCGACCUUGAUGCUGCAACACGCAAAGGAAUUGUCGUUUUAAAUACUCCAGGUGGUAACAGUAUAAGUGCAUGUGAAUUAACAUGUGCAUUAAUAUCAUCACUUGCAAGAAAUGUUUCACAAGCAGCAGCAUCAAUGAAAGAAGGAAGAUGGGAUAGAAAAUUAUAUUCUGGUUUUGAAUUAUCAGAUAAAACAUUAGCUGUACUUGGUUUUGGAAGAAUUGGACGUGAAGUUGCACAUAGAAUGCAAUCAUUUGGAAUGAAAAUAGUAUGUUUUGAUCCAGUAUUGAGUCAAGAAGCAGCAGCAAGUGUUGGUGCUCUUAAAUUAAAUCUUGAUGAAAUUUGGCCAAUUGCUGAUUACAUAACUGUUCAUACACCACUUAUUCCACAAACACGUAAUCUUAUUAAUGCAACAACUCUUUCUAAAUGUAAAAAAGGAGUUAAAAUAAUAAAUGUUGCACGUGGUGGAAUUGUUGAUGAAGAAGCACUUUUAAAUUCAAUUAAAUCUGGACAUUGUGGUGGUGCUGCACUUGAUGUAUUUAUGGAAGAACCACCUAAAAAUAAAAUAACAUUAGAACUUAUUCAACAUCCAAGUGUCAUUGCUACACCUCAUCUUGGUGCAUCAACUGCUGAAGCACAACAACGUGUUGCUGUUGAAAUUGCUGAACAAUUUUUAGCAAUAUCUGGUAAAACAGAUAAAUACAGUGUCACUGGAAUAGUUAAUGCACCAAUAUUAUCAGCAGCAAUGUCUGGUGAUAAUGGACCAUGGAUUGAAUUAUCAAAAAAACUUGGUAAAUUAGCAGCACGUUUUGUUAAAAAAAAUAUAAAUGCUAAAAUUGAAAGUCACAUUGUUGGUGAUGAAUUGAAAAAUAAAAAAUUCAUUCAUACUGCUGUACUUGUUGGUGUAUUAAGUGGACAAACUAAAAAUGGUUUAAAUCUUGUUAAUGCAUCAACACUUGCUAAAGAUAUUGGCAUUGAUAUUAAAGAAUUAUAUGUCAAUGGUGAUAAUAAUUAUGUUGUUGUUAAAAUUGGACAAUAUGAAAUACGUGGAACAGUACGUAACAAUGAAAGUUAUUUAUUAUCAAUUGAUGAUAAUGUAUUUAAUAAUGGAAUUGUACUGAGAGAUUUUAUAUCAAUUUAUCAUGGAAAUGGACCACAAGAUCUUGCAACAAUUGUCAAUGAAUUUACAGCUAAAAAUAUUAAUAUUAAUAGUUUCAAUGCCAGUGGUAAUUGGCUUGCAAUUGAAACAAAUCAAGAUGUUGAUAUUAUUAUUCCUGGUAUCACAAGUUAUUAAAAAAUAUUUUACUUUUUUUUUUUUUUUCCUUUCUAUAAUUUACAUUAUUGUUUUUUUAUUUUUUUCAAUCGUUUAUUAAUUUAGCGUUGCGAUAUAUCUUUUUGUUUUAUAUAAUUAAUUUCAGUAUUUCACAAUCAUUUUUCAUUUCCAAUAACAUCAGUUAAAUUUUAUAUUUUCACUAUUAUUUUAAUGGCUAAUAUUAAAGUACUGAUUGACAAUCAAAUUUGGAUAAUAAUUUAUGUAAUUUUGUAUCACUGAUUAAUAAAAAUACGUUGAUUAAUAAAAUA